AUGUCCUUCCUCAACUUGUCUCAGCCGCCACGCCGGCUUUUUGUCGGGACUGGCGCAGACCCCCGACCGAUGCUUUCCCUGCCUUUGAACCCCAAACCUGACUACACAUCGACGCCGGCUCCAGUAUUCCUUGAGGACCAAACAAGUAACCUAGUAUGGCUGAUUCAUAUUGGAUUCAAUUGGUUUUGCAUUGAGGUCGAGGUUGAUCUAAAGGGAUACCAAGGCCCUGGCUCCUCCGGACCCCCUAGCUGGAGCCCCCGCGUUUUGCGGCUGCUCCCGAUAGGACCUCAAAAGUGUGUAUUUCUGUGA